CCAAAAGGAGAUCAGAACUGGCGAACGAUUUCUGAAACGAGGAAGGGGCGCACUGCGCACACACACACGCACACUGGAAGUGCGUUUCCAAUUUCCAUGGCGGAAUCUCUGUAGCAACAAGCAGGCACAUACACAUACACAUACAGUGUCUCAGUGCGCAUUUCCAAAGGUAGCAACGCCACCGAAUCAAUGGCUCUUCCUCUGAAAGCGACUUUCGCUCUCUCUCUUCUCUUCCUCUUCUCUCUGAUGUUGGCCGCAUCAGCAGAAGAAGAGUUCUCGGAGGAGUUGCUGCUGAAGCCCUUGCCCGAUCGCAAGAUUCUCGCGCACUUUCACUUCCGAAACGAAGCUCCUCUCGCCGCCGAUUCGUUCGCUCGUCACCACCACCUCUUCCCCAAAUCUAUUUCUCAGCUGGUUCAGAAGUUUCAUAUUAAAGCAAUGGAGUUAUCUUUUACACAAGGUCGAUGGAACUACGAAAGAUGGGGUGGAUUUGAUCCAAUAUCAAGCCACAAUGCAAAGCCUCCAGGAGUUGAAUUGUGGGCAGUUUUUGAUGUCCCUCAACAUCAGGUUGAUGCUUCUUGGAAAAAUUUAACCCAUUCACUAUCAGGUCUGUUUUGUGCUUCAAUCAACUUCCUGGAGUCUUCUACCUCUUAUUCUGCUCCUGAAUGGGCAUUUCAAUCAGCUUUGGGCAGUUUAAGAUAUGGUACACUGCCACGGGAAGCUGUCUGCACUGAGAAUCUUACUCCCUGGUUGAAACUCCUUCCUUGUCGAGAUAAAGCUGGACUCUCUUCCUUAAUGGAUAGACCAUCUAUUUACAGAAGCUUUUACCACUCUCAGCGGUUGCACUUGAUCAUGCCCACAGCUGUUUCAGAUGGGUCAAAAUCAGGAAUUAUUCUAGAACAAACACUUACAGUUGUACUUCAGCCUAAUAAUCAGAAAGCUAGUAUGAACCAUGUCGGCGAAACAAAGAUACAACCAAGCUGGUCCCUGAGUUCAAUAUUUGGAAGAAAAAUCAGUGGAAGAUGCGUACUUGCUAAGUUGAGUAAUAUUUACCUUCAUUUUGAGAGAGGUCUAGUCACUCAACUUGAUAAUCUCCAGAAGAAAAGUUCUAAAUUUGCUGCUAAUGACACAGGUCCUGAAGCUUUUAGAGGGAAUGCUGGCUUUGAAUUAUCUGUUACUCCUGAAAGGGUGCAUACAGAACUGGAAAAGAGCUCCUCAGUUCUGUAUGAGUAUCCAAUCAAAGAAUACAAGGAAAUUGAACAAUUUGACUUAGGCCUAACGUGGAAACAUCCGGUUGUUUGGUCCAGCUCACAUGCACCUUUAUAUGCCAGUAGAUUUUUGAUGGGAAGUGGAAAUGAAAGGGGUGCUAUUGCAAUAUCCUUGAAAUCGACAGAAAUGACCAAGGGCCUUGUUUCAGCCAAUAAUGUUGAAGAGAGGUGUAAAUUGCAAGUUAAUGUUCUCCAAAUUGUGCCUUGGUAUGUUAAGGUAUAUUAUCAUACUUUGCAAUUAUUAGUUGAUGAAAGGCCUCAAGUACUCGCAGAUUUUGUUGAGAGAAUGCGAGUUUCACCUUCUGAAGACAAAGUAUCACCAGGGGUAAUGGAGCUGGUCCUCCAAUUUCCUUGUGAAAUGAAGUCAGCUGUAUUAAGUAUAGAGUUUGAUAAGGGCUUCUUGCACAUUGAUGAAUACCCCCCAGAUGCUAAUCAAGGAUUUGACAUUCCAUCGGCCAUAAUAAGCUUUCCUGACUUCCAUGCUGGUUUGCAAUUUUGUGAAAAAUCUCAAAGCAAGUCACCACUGUUGUCUAAAUUACAGGAAAGGAGUCCUGUUCUCUCGUACACAGAAGUUUUACUUGUACCCUUGACAACUCCUGAUUUCAGUAUGCCAUACAAUGUCAUCACAAUUACAUGCACAGUUUUUGCGUUGUAUUUUGGAUCUUUGCUAAAUGUUCUCCGAAGACGUGUUGGGGAGGAGGAAAGACUUUUGAAAAACAAAGAUGCAAAAAAAGCUGUGUUCCUCCGUCGGAUGCUAAAUAAAUUAUCUGCCAAACUUAGAGGUAGACCUUCGGAAUCGACUCCAUCCCCUCCAUCAUCGUCAUCAUCACCCUUUGUUAGUCCAAAAUUGAUUCUUAGAGUACUAAUGGUAGCAGGAAUUGCCGUUGCAUGGCAAUACUACUCUCAAUGAUAUCUUCCAAUCAGGUAGUUUUACAUGUACUAUAUUGUAAUGUAAUUGCACAUAUUUUAUGUACGAUACAAAUUACAAACCUUCCACUGUUAGAUGUGCUUGCUUUCAUGUUCUUUUUCUAAUUCAUCAAAACAGUACAUGUACACGAGCAAAUUGAUUGAAAAAAAAACAAUUUUGUCCAUCUGAUUUUA